CCAAAGAAUAUUCUAUUCUACCAUAAAAAACAACAACUAUAGAUAAAAUCUUAUAAAAUCAUAAACAAAUACUAAAUAUUUUAUUAAAUGAACAAAUAAUUUUUGUGAAAACUAAAAUGUCCUGCUUUGGUUGCAGCAGAAAAUAUGGUUUAUUUUGCAAAGAGUAUGGCUGUCCUAACUGCGGUUAUUCCUAUUGUGCCAAAUGUCUUAAACGUCCAGUGGCCGUGCCCAGACAUAAUAACAAGGUAAUGAAUGUAUGCCUGAUAUGUUACGAUAAAUUGUCCAAAUUGCAAGAAGUUGAAAAGGUCAUCGAUGUAGAGACACUGCCAGGCACUAUAGUUACCAAAGCUAAUAAGGGUAUGGUCAACGAACAAAUAGUGCAAAAAGAUAUAAAUGCUUUACUGGAGGUAGAGCCUUCAGCUGCCCUGGUGGGUGAGGUGCUGGAGCCGAUUUCACCAGUCAAAAUGACAUCAUCUACACAUUCCAGUGGUGAAAAUUCUGAUAUUACCGAAAAUCUUGAUAGUGCAAUAUUACAACGUUUAAAAAAUCUAAAAGCUAGUGAUCCCUCAUCAUUUCCCAGUGAUGAUGAGAUACGUUCACGUUUAUCAAAAUUAAACGGUAUGCCUCAAAAGGAUUAUUCGAAAAAGGAUUUACUUUUGAAUACAGAUCAACGUACGGAUCAAGAGAAAAUGAAUGAUUUGUUGGCUCAAUUUAUGGGAGAGGCUGAGAUAGAUAAUCGUUUGGAAACGAAAAGAAAUGAUACUUUAUCGGAUAUUGAGAGAAGAUUAAAGGCAUUGCGAGAUGAUCCUGUGACAACAGCAGCAAGUGGUAGUAGUGCUAUUGGUACUACGACUUCAUCGGAUACUAAUACUCCUAGCGAUAAUGAAAUGGAUGAUGAAACUAUGCUAAAGGGAAUUAUGGAAAAGUAUUUAGCUGAAGCUCGCUUACCUGAAGCUCCCAACAAUUUAGAAACUGAACUAGCAGCUGGUAUACCGCCACCGCCAACAGGUGUUGAUACCGAAGAAUUACCCUGGUGUAAUAUAUGUAAUGAAGAUGCCGUUUUUCGUUGUAAAGGAUGUGAUGGUGAAUUAUUUUGUGCUCAAUGUUAUCGUGAAUGUCAUGAUGAUGAUGAGGAAUAUCGGGCUCAUGUUAAGGAGCCCUACAGUGCACCACCCAAAUUUAAAGAAGAUCAUUUCUAAAACCAGUUCCAGUUUUUCUAUGUUGGUUUUGUAAUAUUUUUUUUAUCAAGUAUUUUGUUUUUGUAUGCUUAACAGUAGUCUUUAAUAUUAUUAUCUAAAUAAUAAAAAAAAUUAAAAAUGAUUAAAAUAAGCAAAAAAAUAAAAGAAACAAAAAUCUACUUAACUAGUUUGAAAACAAAACAAUGUAAUCAGUAAAAAAAGUAAAAAAAAACAGUCACAACAAAACAAUUUCCAGCAAAUAUUAUAAAACUUAUAAAGAUUACUAUUCAAUAAGUUUAACCAACAGGCAAUUUAAAAUUAAUUUUGAUUUUAAGCGCUACUUAAAUUUAAAUUAACAAAUUUGUUUAUGCGUUACUUUUUGCCAAGUUUUCUAUUAUUUAAAAUUGGUCAAGAUUUUUUAAGUUUGUUUUUUUUCUCUCUCAAAGUGUAAUGAAAAGUUUUGUACAUUAACUUUUCAUUAUAACUUUUCUAUACCAAAAAAUAUAUAUUUGUUAUGAAAUUGUA